AGGGCUAAACCAGGUACUGAUUCUGAGGUUGACAAAAAGGACAAAAAGAAAGAAAGAGGAAGAGAUCAGAAAAAACGUUCAGCAUCUGGGUCUAGCAGUAGUGCAAGCAGAAGCAGUUCAUCAGAGAGCAGUUCAUCUAGCUCAUCUAGCAGUUCUAGUUCUGGAACUACCACUAGAUCAAGCAGUUCCUCCUCAGAAUCAUCUUCAUCCAGUAGCAACAAUGAAAGAACCAGACCAAAAAGAAGGUCUAGGUCUGCUACUAAGCCUGUGAGUAAAAGCAAGGAUCACAAGGAGAAGGAAAAAGAAAAGGAUAAGGACAAAAAAGAUGAUAAGGAUAAAGAAAAGGUUAAUGCUAAGAAAGAGGAGAAGGACAAAGAUAAAAAAAUCUCAUCUCCUGUCAAGGAUAAGGAAAAGGAUGAUAAGAAUCACAUUCAUACUAGAUCCAGGUCGAGGUCUCCGCGCAAGCCACAGCGCAGGCGUCGUUCCCCCACCCCGCGUCCCACCAAGAUCCACAUCGGGAGAUUGACGCGUACGGUGAACAAGGAGCACAUCGCCGAGAUAUUCGGCACGUAUGGCGUCAUCAAGCACGUCGAAUUCCCCAAGGAUCACACGCACGCGCAUUUGGGCCGGUUGUACUGCUACGUGGAGUACACGACGGCCGACGAGGCGGAGAACGCGAUGAAGCACAUGGACGGCGGACAAGUGGACGGCCAAGAAAUCACCGCCGCCCCCGUGCUGAUCCCGAAACCGCGCCCCAUGCCCCCGCGUCGCUCGCCGCCUCCCAUGUUGCACGGAGGCAGGCGACCGCCCAUGCACCGCCGGACACCGCCAAGAUUCCGUAGGCGAUCCCCCAUCCGACUGGCGAGGAGGAGUCCUCCCAGGAGGCGGCCGCACUCCAGGAGCCCGGCGCAGAGAAGGAGGAAGCACUCCAGGUCGAGCUCGAGCAGUUCCCGAUGA